CAUUGAUCAAGAUGACUAUCCUCGUUGAUCAAACUGAGUUUGGGUAUAUCAGAAGAUUAUGUUGAGAAAGAAGUGGUGACGGAUGCUGGAUUUAUGGUGCCACAGAGCAACGCUUUUGGCCACACUUUUAGAGAUUAUCAUGUUGAAAGUGAGAGGCAUCAGGGUGUGGAGAAUUUUUAUCGAACCAAUCAUAUUAACCAGACAUAUGACUUUGUGAAUCGAAUGAGAAAAGAGUAUGAGCUAGACAAGGUGGAAAUGAGCAUAUGGGAAUGCUGUGAACUUCUUAAUGAUGUAGUUGAUGAGAGUGAUCCUGACUUAGAUGAGCCUCAGAUCGAACACUUGCUGCAGACCGCCGAGGCUAUCCGAAAGGACUAUCCCGAUGAGGACUGGCUGCAUCUCACAGGCCUUAUCCAUGACCUUGGAAAAGUUCUUCUUCAUCCUAGCUUUGGUGGGCUUCCCCAGUGGGCUGUUGUAGGUGAUACAUAUCCGGUCGGUUGUACUUUCGACGAAUCAAUUGUUCACCACAAGUAUUUUGAGGAAAAUCCAGACUAUCACAACUCUGCUUACAACACUAAAUAUGGAGUGUACUCAGAGGGAUGUGGACUUAACGAUGUUCUGAUGUCAUGGGGACAUGAUGACUACAUGUAUCUGGUGGCUAAAGAGAACAAUACGACUCUGCCAUCGGCAGCUCUUUUCAUUAUUAGAUACCAUUCAUUCUAUGCCCUGCAUAGGUUAGGAUCAUACAAGCAACUGAUGAACGAAGAGGAUGUCGAGAAUCUGAAGUGGCUCGAAAUAUUCAACAAAUAUGAUCUUUACAGCAAGAGUAAAGUCCGGAUCGAUGUCGAAAAGGUCAAGCCAUACUAUCUCUCCCUCAUAGAAAAGUACUUUCCUGCAAAACUAAGAUGGUGAAUUUCGGUUCUUUCUGAUCCCACACAUUCAUUCCUCGCAUCAAGCUCGGAGACGGUCGAGUCAACUAGUUGUUUCUUUUAUAUAUAUAUAUAUAUAUAAUGGUUGUAAUUUCGGUUUCAGAAUUUAUCUGUUUCCUUGUAAUAAAAGUAAUGCUAUCGUUUUCAACAA